AGCCCUUGUGAGAGAAGAGCUCCUGCUGCAGCAUACAGGGAACCACUGUGCAAGAGGAACUUACAACGCAGCCCUGAAAUGCUAUGCUGAAUCAUUGCAGCAUUUCCUUGUAACAUAUGCCAGCUAAGAUCAACAUAAUGGCACUGUACCAAGAAUAAAAGGCAGAUGAUGGAUUGCUGGAAAGGAGCCAUAUGCAGCAGUUGGAUUUAUCCCACGCUCAUCAUCUGUGCAAAUGGGUUUUUCUCCACCAUGAGACCUUCAGAGUCUUUUCUCACACCUUACCUAACCGGACCAGACAAAAACCUGACAGUUGAGCAGGUUACCAACCAGGUUUUCCCAGUUUGGACAUACUCCUACCUGGCACUCCUCGUCCCCGUCUUCCUGAUUACUGACUACCUGCGCUACAAGCCCAUCCUCCUCCUCCAGGGCAUCAGCUUCAUUGUCACGUGGCUCCUGCUCCUCUUUGCACAUGGGCUGGUGGCCAUGCAGCUGGUGGAAUUCUUCUACGGGAUGGUGACAGCCACCGAGGUUGCCUACUACGCCUACAUCUACAGUGUCGUCAGCGCUGAUCACUAUCAGAGAGUGACGAGCUAUUGCAGGAGUAUCACUCUUGUUGCAGCCACCCUUGCUGCUGUGCUGGGACAGCUCCUGGUUUCCUUAGCAGACGUAUCCUACUUUCACCUCAAUGCCAUUACUCUGGCUUCCGUGUCCCUGGCCUUUGUGUGCUCCUUUCUCCUGCCCAUGCCUCAAAAGAGCAUGUUCUUCCACAGAAAAGGCGUCUCAGAAACACUCCCACAACCAGACAAAGCUGGGGCUGGGCUCAGUUCCAACACGUCAUCCAGCUGCCAACAGGACAAGGGCUGCGCACCUGCUGACACAGGACCCACUCCAGCACAGCAGGCUCAGCAGCCCGAGCCCCAGCACCACGUGCUGAGAGUGCUGGUGCAGCUGGGCAAGGACCUGAAGGAUUGCUACAGCUCUAGGAAGCUUCUUUACUGGUCCCUGUGGUGGGCUUUGGCUACGGCAGGCUUUAACCAGGUUGUGAACUACAUCCAAGUGCUGUGGGACUUCCGAGCCCCAUCCCACAGCUCUGCAGUGUACAAUGGAGCUGUUGAAGCAGUGGCAACAUUUUUAGGUUCAGCAACUUCCAUGGCAGUUGGAUAUGUCAAAGUAAACUGGGAUCUUACUGGAGAACUGGCUUUGGGAAUUUUCUCUGCAAUGGAUGCUGGUUCGCUGUUUCUCAUGUACUUUACUGACAACAUUUGGGCAUGCUACGCUGGUUACCUCGCAUUCAAGGCAUGUUAUAUGCUCCUUAUAACAAUAGCAACGUUCCAGAUUGCUGUUAAUUUAAGUAUGGAGCGUUAUGCUUUGAUGUUUGGCUUCAACAACUUCAUUGCGCUGGUGAUCCAGACAAUUUUAACUAUUGUUGUAGUGGAUUCAAAUGGCCUGGGACUGGGUAUCAGCACCCAGUUUCUCGUUUACAGCAGCUACUUUACAUUCAUAGCUGGAAUUUUCCUGACCAGAAGUGUAUACACCAUUAUCUCCAUCAAAUGCAGAAAUACCAGCAUGGCUGGUGAACCCACUGAUCAUUAAAGAAUGUUGGAAAGAGAUUAGAAGAAUGGCUGCAAGCAACACUGCAGAAAGCUGCAUCAUCUAAACAAUUAACUGGGGGAAACUUAAUGCUCAACCAAACCUGUGCCUGUCACACAACCAACCAGUCUUACGAACCUCCAACAUGCAUCAUCCUGUUUAAAAAGGUCUUCAUUUUCCUGGUUUCCUUCACCCAAAGAGAAUUAAUCCACACACAAUACUCCAUCCAUCAGCCCUUGUCAGAAGAAAAAGGAAGACUCCAAGUCUUUUAACAUCAAAUACAUCAACAGGUCAAAACAGACCUUUAAGCAAAGAAUACUACUAUAAGCAACUUAUUAUAUCCACUGUCCUUUGGGAUCUCUAAAACUUAAGAAAAAAAAUAAUAUACAGAGAUUACCAUUCUCCACGCAUAGGCAAUACCAGUCAGAAGCACUGACAUACAAAGAGCAUUUUCACAGGCAGUGAUCAUGUCUGCUAGAUCCCCAGGAAACCAGCACAUCUCUACUCAGGCAGACGACUACAAAAAGUUUUCUUACCUUAAGGAAUUCUCCCAUUUAUUUCAGUCAGCUCACACACCUUUUCUCAAAAAUCUCUAAUAUUUUGACCUCAUUUAUUCCUGUUAUUUUGAAAGUUAGAACUUUAUUCUUCAGCUAGCCAGAAACCCUCCUUUAAGCUUGAGGUCUGGGUACUCAACACGUGCACAUUAAUUGUUUAAUUUCAGUAUUACGCUUGAACAUAAGCCCAGUUAUCUGUGUUUAAAUUCCACCACUGAUUACUUUGAUGUACUUACAUUCUUCUUGCAGCUUCCCUGCCACAGAUUAGACAAGCCAGACAUUUCUUCCUCUACAAAUGCUAUUCUAAGAUGGCAGAAAACAUUCUAGAAAAUUAAGAAAUCCAAUCAAUUAACUUAGUGUUCCACGGGACGUCUUACUAACACACACAAUUUUUACUAAUUUUAAUAAGAGAAAUACUCCAUUUGUGGUACCAAGGUCAUACGUACUGUUGUGAUCACAACUAAGUCAUGUUGAAAGACUCCAUCAAUAGCUGUCUGCAGUUAUGUCCUUCAGCAACUAACCAUUUUUCAAGUCACUACUCACCUCAGUGCUCUCAGUGUCCUUCACUGUAUAGCUAUUAUCAGAGUUCUGUAAGAGUUCAUGUAAACUCAUUCCUGUUAGAUAAGCCACUUCACUUGAACAGCAGGCUUAAUCACGAGGACGUAUUCAAGACUGUGGGAUAUGAAAAUUGAAUUUAAGAGCAUAUCAUUUCUGAUAGAUCAUUUGUGUAUGAGAUUCACAAUAUGAACGUUCUAACCCAAUUAAGUGUUACUGCACAGAAAUAAAGCUACACCUCUUUUUUCUAA